AUGAAAAUGUGGCAGGGAAGACGAAAACCUUCAUCUCCCCGAAACGACGACGUUUUUGCUAUGAAGAACGUCACCGACUUUAUUUGCUUGAGAUGGAAGAAAUUGAAGCGCAAACGCAAGCGAGUUUGGAUUCGCGUUCUGAUUGACGGGAGAAUCGCGUUUUCACCUGAUGCGAAAUCAGAGCAGGGAUUACUGAUUUAUGAUGCAUAA